AUGAAUGAGAAACCAGCUGGAGAGAGGAAGGAGAGAGUUGGGAAAAAGUGGGACUACAGGUCAAUUACACUCACCACUGUCGCCAGCUUCGCCUUGUUGUGCAUUUACUACCUCAGAUUUCCGAACCUUAGCUUUGCAGACUAUGGUGAAAAAUUACUAGACCCCGAGGCAAUUCUCCUUCAGUCGUUAGAGGUCAAUCUUGCUGCCAACUGGUCAAAAAAAUACUCCGCCGAGGCACAUUUAGCAGGCACCAACUACCCAUUGGUGGAGUGGACCGAGGAGAAGUUCAAGGAAUACGGCUUCGACACAACCAUUGACCCUUACGAAAUCCUUGUCAGUUACCCCAAGGAUCAUGACUUGAAGUUGCUCGACUCCAAGGGAAAAGUGGUGUACCAGGCACCUUUGCAAGAGGAUGUCAUUGACGAGGAUCCCACCACCCACAACGACACUGUUCCUACGUUUUUGGGAUACGCCGCUAGUGGGAACGUCACUGGCAACUACGUCUACGCCAACUAUGGUACAAGGGAAGACUUUGAGAAGUUGGCAAAUGAAGGCAUUGACGUCAAGGGCCACAUCGUUGUAGUUCGAUACGGAAAGAUAUUUAGAGGACUCAAGGUUAAAUUCGCGCAGGACUUGGGCGCCAUUGGGGUUUUGAUCUACUCCGACCCUGGCGACGAUUAUGGACUCACCCCAGCAAACGGCUACGAACAAUACCCCAAGGGCCCCGCUAGACAGGAAAGUUCCGUUCAAAGGGGAAGUGUACAGUUUCUAGGCGGAGAAGGCUCAGCACCGGGUGACCCAACCACUCCAGGCUAUGCCUCCAAGCCUGGUGUACAUAGAGAAGACCCGCACACAAGCAUCGGCAGAAUCCCAGUGUUGCCUAUAUCCUACCGAGAAGUGAAACCAAUAUUGCACAAGCUAAAUGGCCACGGUGCAAAGAUUGCUGGCUUUGAAGGUGAAUUGGAAGGGUUUGAUUACUCAACUGGACCUUCGAAAUUUGAGCUCAAUCUCUACAAUGAGCAAGAUUUCAAUAUCACCACCUUGUGGAACGUUUACGGAGAAAUCGAGGGUGAAAAGUCCAACGAGGUGAUUAUAUUGGGCAAUCACCGUGAUGCUUGGAUCAAAGGCGGUGCCGGAGAUCCAAACAGCGGGUCUUCGACAUUGUUGGAAGUGGCCAGAGCACUAGGCGACUUGAAAAAAGCCGGGCAUAAGUUCAAGCGCACAAUCAUAUUGCACAGCUACGACGGAGAAGAGUACGGCUUGUUAGGGUCUACCGAGCAGGGAGAAUAUUUCGCCAAAAAAUACCAACGCGAGGUUGUGGCGUACCUCAACUUGGAUGUUUCCGUUAGUGGCAAGAACUUCAACUUGGAGUCGUCGCCCGUUUUGAACGAAUUGUUGUUUGAUGUCGCAAAGAAAUUGGAGUACCCCAAAGGCGGAUCCUUGUACGAUCACUACGUUGAAAACCACGGCGGCGAAAAGAUAAGAACCUUGGGAAGCGGCUCGGACUACACUGUGUACUUGGAGCACUUGGGCAUUCCCUCCGUGGAUAUGGGCUUUGGGGGAGGAAAAGGCGACCCAAUCUACCAUUAUCAUUCCAACUACGACUCUUACCAUUGGAUGGAGAAAUUUGGCGAUGAAGGCUUUGUUUAUCACAACUUGUGUGCCAAGUACUUGGGAUUGUUGGCGUUGGCGUUGAGUGAGAAGGAGGUUAUCUAUUUCAACUUGAACUCGUAUGCACUGGGAUUGAUCGAGUACUAUAACAAGACCCUCGAAAAGAUCCCCACUGGAUGGCUCAAUCAGUCGGUAAGCUCCCUUGGGCUUGGCAAGUUUGACUUGGAUGAAUACAAGUUUAUAAAAGAAGUCACCAUGAACCGCUACGUUGAGCCUAUGUGCAGAAUGAUGCAGAUGAGAAUCACCAGUGGCUGUGAAGAUCCUGAAACUGACAGCGACCAAUCGUUGGAGGGUCUUCUCAACCACACCUACCACCAGUUGAAGUUUUUGAGCAACUCCACCAAAGGAUUUGACUUGGCGUCCAAGGACUUGCAGUUCCGAUUCGAAACGAUCAAAGACUUGCCAUUCUGGCAAAGAAUCAAGUUGCACUUCCGCAUCAAGCACCAAAACUUGGCCUUGAAGUACUUUGAGCGCAACUUUUUGCAUCUCAAGGGUUUGCACAAGAGACCAUGGUUCAAACACAUUGUGUUCGCCAGUGGUAGAUUCACGGGCUAUGCUGGUCAGAACUUGCCCGGUUUGAACGAGGCUAUUGAAGAUGCAGACUUUGAGCGUUUUGUUGAAUGGGUGGGAAUACUCAAUAGAAAAGUUUCCCGCGUUGCGAACCGCUUAUUGCAUUGA